CCGAGAGGAGGAGGAGUCACUCUGCAGUUUGGUCGCCAUCAUGUCAACUUUCUGUCUGGAGUAUGAGGUAACGGUCCACACCUCUCCUGGUUCCACCUGUGGAACCUUCAACCACCUAUGGCUCAACCUGAUUGGCUCCCAGGGAGAAACUCCACCCCUUAAUGCGAGCGAGGGUGGCCAUCUUCUUCUGCCUGGAUCGACGUGUCGUGUUAGAGUCCAGGUCAGCAGUCCUCUGGGUCCUCUCCUUCUGGUCCGACUUCGAUUAGAGGCUAGGACCGGAUUCCCCGACCUGAACUGGCACUGCAGCCGGGUGGGAGUCCGCAGACUGACUGUGGAGAACCAGCAAGGUGUGAGUGGGGCGUGUCCUGAUGAUCCAGACGUACAGGUGUUCCCAUGUGACCAGUGGCUUCGAACAGAAGAUGGCGACAUAGAGCUGCGGAGCAGAAAGUUGUGUCUGCUGCAGGAUGAGACGGAGGAGAAACUGAAGCAGCAGCGAAUCAGACGGCUGCAACAUCAGCGAAAGCUCAUCCGAUGGCGUGAGUUUGUCAGCGGCGCUCCACACUGUGUUGAUCUGAAGAAUCUGUCUGAACUCGGGCCGAACCUCAGCUACACAUUCAAAAGUCCGGCUGCUAACCUGCACUAUCUAAAAGGCUUCACUGGCCGUACCGAGUCCUGGACCAGUUUCAGCGAGUUAGAGACGCUCUUCAGUCUCAGUGGACACCAGAACGACAUCGCUAGGUUCAUUCAGGCUCACUGGAAGGAGGAUUGGUAUUUUGGUCAUCAGUGUCUGAAUGGCUGUAACCCUCUGCUGCUGCGUCAGACCAACGUCCUUCCUCCACACCUGUCCGUCACCGCUGACAUGCUCCGCCCCUUCUUACCUGAAGUCUCCUCCCUGGAGCAGGAGCUACAGAAAGGUAAGCUUUACCUGCUGGACUACAAGGUUUUGGACGGCGUUCCAGCCAACAUGGUCAACGGGAAGAAGACGUACCUCGCAGCUCCGCUGUGUCUCCUCCACCUGAACCAACAAGGUCAGCUGGUGCCCAUCGCCAUCCAGCUGCAGCAGAUGCCCGGCCCUGAUAACCCGCUCUUCCUGCCCUCUGACCCCAGCUGUGAUUGGUUGCUGGCUAAGAUCUUUGUCCGCAGCGCAGACUUCCAGUGUCACCAGUUAUCGUCCCAUUACCUGAGGACUCACAUGCUGGGAGAGCUGUUCUGCGUGUCUACGCUGAGGCAGCUUCCAGAGCCACACCCACUGCGCCAGCUGCUGAUGCCCCACAUAAAGACGUCCCUUCAGAUAAACUUCCAGGCCCGAGCGUCUCUGCUGGCUGCAGGCGGCGUCUUUGAUAAGGCGAUGGGCUGUGGUCUGGAGGGUUUACCUGUCCUCUUGUCCCGGGCCUCACAGAGGAUCUCAUAUCAAUCUCUGUGUGUCCCUGAUGACCUGGCGGAGCGUGGCGUGGACAAACUACCGCAGAGCUUCUAUGCCCAGGACGCCCUGAGAGUUUGGGACGCCCUGCAUAGGUUCGUGUUCAGCUGGAUCGGCGUGUUUUACAGCAGAGACGAUGACGUUCACCUCGACUCAGAGCUCCAACUCUGGAUCUCUGACAUCAACGCUCACGGAUUCAGCGACCAAUCAGGUUUCCCUCAGAGUUUCAGGACUAAAGCAGACAUUUCUAAGUUUGUCACCAUGAUCAUCUUCUCGUGUUCGGCUCUUCACGCUGCGGUGAACUUCUCUCAGUUGGAUUUUGCUCUCUGGAUCCCAAACUGCCCCGCCUACAUGCCCCGCCCUCCUCCACAGGUUAAAGGUGAGGUGGCGGAGGAUGACAUUGUGUCCUUCCUUCCUGACGUGAACUCGACCUGCCGAGUUCUGACCGUGCUGACGAUGCUCUCCCAGCCCGCCGUUGACUUCGUUCCUCUGUGUCGCUACACGGACGCCGUCUUCAGAGACGACGCCGUCCUCUGCAGACUGGUGGAGGAGGUCCAGGCUGAACUGAAGGCCAUUUCUGAUGACAUCACGGAGCGAAACAGCCAAUUAGAGCUGCCGUAUCCGUACCUCAAUCCUGAACGCAUCGAGAACAGCAUAGCCAUUUAAGCCAUUUUUCUUCAUUGAGUUGAAUAAAUGAUUUUUAUUUUAUAAAGAUAUAAACAUCCAGAGUCAGUACAGGGAUAUCAAUGAUUAUAUUCUCGUUUUUAAAUGCCAAACUCUUUUUCUAUAACCAGACCUUUUUUUUAAGGUUUUCUUUAGAAGCCACAUUUUGCUAACAGCUUCUUCUUCUGUUUUAAUCUGCUCUGAUUCACCGACUCUUACAUGUUUAACAAGUACACAUUUUCAACCAAUCACCAGAUUUCGAUUAACUUUGAGUCAUUCAUUUUUAGUCUUUAAGUUUCAACAUGGACUUUAAUUUGAAAAACAAGUUUAGUUUCUGUUGACGUUGUUUUCAAACUUCAACCAUACAUCAUCCUCUACUUUAGAAAAAUGUAUUAAAUAAAC